AUGCGCGCCGUGACGACGACAUCCACGACGUCAGCGAACACGUCCGCCACGCGCGCGCUCUCCGAUCGCGCGUACCGUAACGCCGUCGUCGCUAGACGCGUUUGUCGACGCUUUGACGGAAGUUUCGUCAACGCGCGUGCGACGCCUCGACCGUCAGGUCCGGUGGACGACGACGACGAUGACGACGCCUUCCUACGCGCGCUCGAGGCUCAAAUGGACGGCGGCAGCGCGAGCGCAGAUGCCUCGGACGGGUUGAACUGGGGAGGGGAGAUGAGCGGCGAUGAACUGCGAGACAUGGUCCUGAAGCGUUACGGUCGUCUUUACGACGUGCGAAUCUGCCAGAGGCGAGAUCGAUUCAAUAAACUGCAGAUUUAUUUCCAAAUCAUGUGGAAGUUCUUGGGACAGAAGAGUUUCCCCAUGUCGGAGCAGGAGUACAUUGAGCAGACGGACGCAGUCGCCGAGUUGCUAAGCGAAUGGGACGUCGGCGAUAUUGUUCGCGAAAACCUGCCGAAAAACCCGAAGACACCGAAGAUGGACACGACAGGGGCGAACGCGGUGAUGAUCCCACUGGGUUUAGACGUUGAAAACGGCGCACUUCCGGGAACUCGCGAAAGAGAAUGA